AUGGUUCACCUCAGCCAGAAGAAAUUCAAGCGCGCUGUUAGAGCAUUUAUUAGGCCUGCCCACGACUCGACGCAGGCGCGUGAGGCUGACGGCAACCUCGCGCCAGUCAACACUCCGCUAGGAGCUGAGGAGAAUAGGGGCGCCGUUGCCACUAUCGCCGCCGCCACCGCUUGGACGAGCACCGUCGAGAACCCCGCCAGCACUGCCGCCGAAGCCAUACCCACCAGCACAGCUGUUGAAGCCACACCUGCCCUCACUACUGCUGCGAAGCUUGCCACUGAUGAUGUUGCCGAAGAGAAGCACGCUGCCGCUGGUCCUGUUGCAGAAGAGAAGCACGCCACCGCUGUUCCUGCUGCCGAAGAGAAGCUCUCCGUCGCCGCCAUCGCCGUCGCCGAAGAGAAGGUGACCACUGCAGCCUCCAAUGCUGACGCUGCACAACCGCUCUCUGAUUCUGGUGACGACUUCAGCGACGAAGACGUGGUCUGGAUCCCAGCUCCAAGCGGUCUACCUGUCACAACUAGCACCGGUAGCGUGCUCAAUGCCGACGAUGGGCGCGACGACAGCGAGGCGAGCGAGACCGAAUGGGUCCCGACGGAAAACAUGACCGCUCCUCCUUCCACAGCUCCGCAGCUCUACAACAUCCGCGCAAUCACAAACUCAUACAUGAGAAACGAGCCCUUGUCCGUCGAACCUUCAUUGAAGACCAAGCUGGCCACGGCCGUGGACGACUUCGAAACUCGGAACCUGCACCAGAGCGCCGCCGUCGCCGACCACUUCGACGACUUCACAGAGCUCUUCACUUCUAGAUAA